GAAGACAGAGGGUUAGGGUUUCGGGCCCAGCUACGGACGUGCAGUGUCCAAGUUUGGUGGAGGAAAAUCCAUUCCCGGUCGACGAGGGGGCGGUGCCGCAUUUGUGUCGUGAUCGCGACGUCGAACAAGCAUCGCGAGAAGGCGAAGUCAAGAAACCGGAGCAGUGAUUCGCGUGCUUGCUUAGACGUGGAGUUUAGGAUUACUUACAGGGAUGUUUAAUCUGAUUUCCAAGGAUUCGUGAAUUGGGAUCGGAUGCGGCUGACUUGUCAAGAACGGGAGGAUUCAGAGUCUUCUCAGUGAUGGAGACAUUAGCAGGGACGAGCGCGGCGUUUGUUCUUCGAUCAAGAUUAGGAACGGGUCGCCGAGAAUAUAUCUGAAGGGGACGUUUUGGUGGUUUUUGGAAGGUCGGAAUCGGGAAGAGGAGCAAUUGCAGGUUUUCGACGUUUCGUGUCAGACAGUGGAGGAGUGGCCGUGUUCUUGACAGUGAAAAUGUGAUUACGGUCUCCUUUCCAUGGCAGCGUUUAGGCCCAUGGGUACUGCGCAGGGCCCUUUGUGCCCUGCUUGUGGAUAUCCUCAUUUUCCAUUCUGCGUCAGGCAUCCAUCGAUGCCCCCCGCGCUUCCUCCACCCAUGGCCUUCGCAGGCCAUCUUCCACCGCGGGUUCCAGGGCGACCUCAGCUUCUUCAUCCUCACCCACCUGCCCAUCCUCCCUCUUUUAUUCCUCCAGCUCAUCAUCCACCUUCUCUUCUAGGCCAGCCGAUCUUGAGUCGGGGAGCCCCUCAAGCGAAUGUGGAAACACAAGUUCCUCCGUCCGCGAAGGGUUUAAUGAACCAUCACUUGCAACAAAGUGGGAGACCAGCAGAAAACUCCGGUCUCCUGAAUUCUAACUCCCGACCCCAUGCUUUCCACACCCAAGUUCCGGACCCCUUUCAUCAAUCUCUUUCCCAUUCUGCAAUUAAAGACUCCACGAACCACUGUUCUCAGUUUUCACAUUCUCUCUCACCUCCUAAUUCAUCCCAUUCUGCUUUGUCCUCAGUAUCACGUAGUCCAGUGAGUGGGUGGGCGGAGGAGGACGAACGCGAUAGUGACAAAGUACCCGCCAUGCCGCAAUGGUUUAUUGAUCAGAAAAGAAGAUCCACAGGCAAGGUUCCUCCCCCAAAUAUUCGUAGCGGUCCUGGAGAGUUUGCUCGACCAGAAGAAAAUUUGACAGUUUCAUCUUUCAAGCCGGAAAUGCCUGUCCAACGCCUGAAUCCGGCUAGAAUCGAAAGAGACAGGCAGUUAGGAUAUGUUGACGGAGACAUGCAAGAAAAGCACAGGGCGGAGAACAGAUUACGUGAGGGAAUGACUGCCGACAGAGAGGGGUCUCUUUUAGCUUUGUACCACCGUACCGAAAUGGCAGGACUUGGAGGUGCCCACGCCGUUGGAAGAGAAGAUUCAGGGGUUAAUGGAGGAGGUCAAAUGAAAGCUCCCUUUCAACCUCCUGUGGAGCAUUUUGAAGGUGGGAGAGAUGCAACUGUGGAUAGGGCCCGUAGACCUUGGGGAGUUCCAGCUGGUGAGAUUGCCAGAGAUCCAUCAGGGGAACAAGUUAAUGCUUUUCAUCCCCCUGGGCAUCCCUGGAUAUCAUCGCUUUCCCCAGACCAACAUCAGGUUCCUCAGCAUGCAGUAGGCAGGAGGGACAGACUAGACGAUGGAAGAAAUUGCCAGGUAGUAGACUCGGCAUCAUGUAGAGAGGAACAAUUGCUACGGGAGCAUGGAUUACUCGACGAUGCUUCUGAAAGUCACGUAAAUACUAGGUCCAGGGCCUUCACAGAUGGUCCCUCCGAACACUGGGAUGGUCAGGUCUUUCCCCACGGAAGACCUCAUUUUCCCUCCGGAGUCCAGGCUGAAUUAGGACCCCCCAAACACACAACGCAGGGGAGGCUGCACAUCGACGGCGAACAGGUCCCUUCCAUGUUGGUUGUGGAAGGGCUAUCUCCGUACCCAAUGAGAAACGAAGUUAGACUUGGUUUAGGUGACCAGCUCCAUUCUGUGGGGAAGGCCAUUGGUUUUGACAGGUUGCAAGGUGUCAGUGAGAGACCUUAUCAUGAUAAAUUAGCGCCAUCUGGUGAGCGAAGUUUCUCAUUUAGCAACCAGCCUUCACCAGAGGACGAAGUGGGAGCAUCACAUCAAAAUGGGCAGAACGAGCACAAUUCCACGGCCCCUCGUCCACAGGAGGACCUGGACGAGUUGUAUUAUCUGAAACAUUUUCCACAGCAUGAUGAUCGGCAAGCUACUGGUGGGCAAUCCGGAUCGAAAGGGUUUCAAGUAUCAAAUGGGCCUGUUUUACUCUCUCACAUGCCUCCUACUGGUCAAGUGAGAAUGAGAGAAGACAGACGAUCUUUUCAGGAAGCACAAAUGGGUUAUCAGAACUGGCCAGGCGAUCAACGGACUUCUGUAAAUCAAAACCCUGGAAUACUGCAGAUUCCUGAUCUAGGACAGCAUCAAGGUCCGCUGCAACUGGUGCACAAUCAAGGUCCUGGACCGUUCCCUCAGCCAGCUCAUCUUCAACCUUCGGAGCAUUCUCCACACCAAAAUGCCCAACCAUUGCAUGGUCACUUUUCUCAACCCAUGCAAGGUCAACAAAGGCUCAUCUCGUCUCAGGCCUGUAACAUGCGACAACAACCUCACCUACCACUUCAAGUUCACUUUCAGCAGCAUACUCACUUACAUCCACAGGGCCAUCUAUCGCAACAGCCCAGUGCUCAGUCUGUCCAAACUCAACAAGCGUAUCAGCAGUCUUCCCCUCUUCAACCAAGCCACAACCAGCAGCACGCUCCUCCCCAACUAUCAGUUCCAUCUACACAGAUGCAACAUUCACAGCAUGUAAAUGUCCCACAACAUUUCCAACCCCAGCUCACGGUCAUCAACCACCCAAGUAGUCAGGCAGUACUCUCGAGUCAAAGUUCGGCGAAACAGCAGGUCCACCAGACGGGUCAGUCUCAUGUGCCUAGGUAUUACCUGAAUGCCCAGGGUAUGUAUCAACCGUAUGGAAAUGAAGCAUUGGCCGUGCAAGGGAAAGUGAUUGAUAGUGUAUCCGACAUGUCUCAAGUUCCAGUGGUUCCUGGAAGAGGUCAAUACCAUCCUCUCUCUUUACCAGAAGCUUCAAGGCCACCACUUCUUCCUCCCCUUCCACCUCCUUCGAGCGCUCCUCCUCCUCCACCUCCUUCUCCUCCUCACACACCACCUCCACCCCAUUCUCCACCAGCCGCUCCCCCUCCACCGCCUUCCCCUUCCCCUCCAAGAGAGCACACUGUGAACAUUCCCGCAGGCUCAUCCGUAACAACACAUCCAGGCACAACUUCUAAGCAGCCUGAUUUUGACGAUCGUUCCCAUGGAUUUCACUAUCAACAUCCUCAGCAUGGGCUUCAUCAACCUUUACAAACUGCUGCGAAUCAAGGCCCCGGCUUCCAAAAUGUGGGAGCUCCGUACAUGCAACAACCGUUGUAUGGGCAGCAGUAUGGAAUGCACAACCCGCAGUUUAGUCAGAAACUUCUUCAACAAAAAGAGCAACCUAAAGUCGUGGAUGCUGUUUCUAUAUUCAGAAGGCCCGGGAGAUUGUCGCGCCCUGAGCGCUUCGUUAUAAUUCUUCGCGGACUUCCAGGGAGUGGCAAGAGCUAUUUAGCGAAGGCUCUACGCGAUGUAGAGUUGAUGAAUGGAGGGACAGCUCCAAGAAUACACUCGAUGGAUGACUACUUCAUGACUGAGGUGGAAAAGGUGGAGGGAGAAGAAGGCGGCCUUAACUCAAGUAGCAUCGUGAGGGGCAAGAAAAGGGUCGUGAAGAAAGUGAUGGAGUAUUGCUAUGAGCCAGAGAUGGAAGAGGUUUACAGGGCCAGCAUGCUGAAAGCUUUCAGAAAGACAUUGGAAGAAGGCAUGUUUUCAUUCGUAAUUGUGGAUGACCGCAAUGUGCUUGUCGCUGAUUUUGCUCAGUUUUGGGCUAUUGCGAAGCGAUCUGGAUACGAGGUUUAUUUGCUGGAGCCUCCUUACAAGGACCCCGAGGGUUGUACUGCAAGAAAUGUACAUAAUUUUACUUUGGAACAAAUACAGGGAAUGGCUGAACGUUGGGAAGCAGCUCCCUCACUUUAUUUGCAGCUCGAAAUAUCUUCAUUAUUUCGAGGAGAUGACCUAAAUGCUCAAGAUAUCACAGAAGUGGAGAUGGAUGCUGAUGACAUGGAGCGUGAAGUAGAAGAACAGGAUGAAAGCUUUAAGCUGGCAGGAGAUGCAAGUCUUCCAGCAGCGUAUUCGACAGGAAACGGUGAAAAGGCGCCCAUCAAAGGAGACAGAUGGGAGGUUAUCGGUAAGGAGGCCGAGGAGGAUCAUCUCAAGCCUGCGAAACGUAGAAAGGUGAAAGAAGAAGUAGAGAACGACAGUGACAGCAGUAGUGACGGUGAGGGUGUUGAGAACAACGCCCUCAGUGGAUUAAUGAUGGCCUAUGGGAAAAAGGAUAAACAUGUUCAAUGGGCUGAUCAACAGGACGGAAAUAGCGGCAACAAGGGAUUUGCCAUAGGCUCUGUCCCUGAAAAAGAAGUUUGCCUUGUAAUUGGCCCCGGGCCCGGUUAUAACAAGGCUUCAAAUCCAGUUGAAGAGGAAGAUAAAAGAACGCAAGCAGACAGUGACAUUAAGCACACUACGAAGUUUUUGGAACAGUAUCGAGCCGAGCAAGAGGCGUUCAAAGCUGUAUUCGCGCGUAGAAGGCAUCGAGUUGGGGGUUUUGAUGACGAUGAGAACGGCGAAUAAUGCGGCCUUUUUGUACAGAGUGCACUUUAGAUUACCUCCUUCCACGUUGAAGGUAACCAGGUAAGGAGGACGGGUUUUGUGUAUAAUGUGAGGAAGUGUCAUCUAUUACUUCAAAAGUGGGAGGAAGUUCUCCUCAUUCAAAUCGUAACAUAUUGUAUUGUCCAAUCAAUGAAACUUCAUUUGGAAGUGAUCAAUGUUCUGUGUUCCUUCUCACCUGUAACGAUUUCAAGCAGCGGGCUAGAGAAAAUCUUACG